AUGAUGUUUGCAUGCUCGCGCCGGCUCUUCUCUGCCGCAUCGGUUCAGCCACUCUUGUGGUUCGGGCGCCGCGGUGCAUUUGCGGUGCCACACCCGUCAAAGGCGAAGAAUGGCGGUGAGGAUGCGUUUUUGGUGCACACGAGCGGUAUCGGUGUGGCUGACGGUGUUGGCGGGUACGCACGAAUCGGCGUCGAUCCCGCCGUAUUCACGAGGAAUAUUAUGAGGUUCACCCGACAGGCCUUGGAGAAGGAUCAAAAUCGUGGCACCAUCAGCGCCCUGGAGGCUCUCAAUUAUGGGUUUGCAGAAACACAAAAAAGAGGUAAACCUGGCGGGUGUCCGGUGUCACUCGUGACUCUCGUUGAUGGGCGUUUUGCAUCCGUGCUGAACCUUGGCGACUGCGGCACGAUAUGUCUGCGGAGUUCCAAGCUAUUCUUUGCCACCGAGGCGCAGCAGCACAGGUUUAACUGCCCGUACCAACUCCCGGAGGAUCCGCCUUCUGCCGGGGACCGUACAACUCUUGAAGUGAGCGAGGGCGACGUGUUCCUUUGUGCGAGUGACGGCUUGCUAGACAAUGUCGAAAUGUCAGAUAUCCUGCGGCGUUUAGAGAACGUUGGGCGUGAAGGCUGCCAGCGUGUUGCGGAGACUUUAGUUGAGGAGGCCUGUAAAAAUGGGGCUGAUGAGAAAUUUGAUUCACCCUUUGCAAAAAACGCAAGGGCGAUGGGGUACCGUUACACUGGCGGGAAGCAGGACGACGUGACGGUUGUUGUGGCGCAACUGACGCGGCUUGACAUUGAGCCGAACGCCUGUCCGGGAGAUAUCGCAGAGUUUCUGAAACUGCCCACCGAGUGA